AUGGUUUCAGUUUUGCUUCGUAAGGAAUGCCUCCAAACAAUUCCAAGGCCACCACUUCCUGAGUAUUGGCAAUGUCAAAGUUUCAUGUAUUUUGGGGAGUCUGGUGGCCGUUUGCAUUUUAUUGGGUUUGCCGCUGGGAACCAAAAUCCUGAUGAUUUAAACUUGGCUAUUAUCUCCUCUGAUAUGUUUAAUGACAAAACCAUAGUGGUUUAUUCCAUGGAGAAAGGCUGCUCAAAAUGUUUUGUUAAGUACUGUCUGCAUAUGAAUGCCAUUGUAAUGGCAUAUCCUGAGAUGAUAGUGGCUCCUACAGUCUUAUCAGUUCGAAGAGAUUAUUGUCCUUUAGUGAGGGGAACAAUGAGACCCUGCCAUUUCUGGUGA